AUGUCAGAAGCGGCCCCGCAGCCGUCUGCGCCUGCAUGGCGGGCCUUUGUGCACCUCUAUCUGCCCGUCAUCACGAUCGCCUUCCUGACCCUCUUCCUCCCAAAUCCAUUCUCGCACCGAGCACUCCUCCUCGCUAGCGCUCUCCCAACCUAUUUCCUUGCCUCGCUCGUUCACCAACCCCGCCCGGGUCCAGCCGAACGCUUCACACGCCGCUCCCACAUUCACCACGCCAUCGUCCUCUUCACGUACGGCCGCCUCCUCGGCACGCCAUUUAAUCUCUUCACCUAUCUCGAGGAUUUGUUCGCAAGCUACAGCGUUCGUCCUAUCCUCGAUCGGCCCGAAGGAGCGCCUCCUCGACCGAGCGAGUUCUUCGUGCAGGCGCUGUGGACGACGGCGACUACGGUGGCAUUCGGACUCGUACCGCCAUCGUGGAAAUGGACGUGGUCGAUCAUGGGUUGGACCGAUAGGAUAAUGUACCGUGCGGCCUAUUUGGCGCUCGUGGACGACCUUGUACGUGUUUUGGGGUACCCUCAGGUAGCGUCGAAAAGAGGAAGGGCACUUGUGGUGGCGGUGCAGGCGGUAUUCAUCGCUGUGUCGGUCAUGUGGGUGCACUUCUUCUUGGUGCUGGGAAUGCGCGCACAGAUUGAGAAGGAUAUCGUCAUGCCCAUGGCGAGUUGA